AUGCCCGAACUCGCGGAAGUUGCCCGGAUAGUGCACUUUAUCCGUCAACAUUUGGUCGGCAAGACCCUCUCCAAGGUCCAAGCACAACACGACGACAUCGUAUAUGGUAAGGUUGGAACCAGUGCAGCCGAGCUCCAGAAAGCGAUGCAAGGAAAGAAGAUUAUAGGUGCUAGUCAACAAGGGAAAUACUUCUGGAUUACAAUGGAUUCGCCGCCGCAUGUUGUGAUGCAUUUUGGCAUGGCGGGCUGGCUCAAAAUCAAGGAUGCCGAUACAUAUUACUACCGCUCCGACAAACCUGCAGACAAGGAGUGGCCUCCCAAGUACUGGAAGUUCCUCCUAGAGACUAGCGAUGAUUCUAAGACAGAGGCUGCGUUUGUUGAUGCUCGUCGGUUGAGUCGUAUUCGGCUAGUGGACUGCCCUGGCGAUGAAAUUCGGAAUCAUACGCCUCUGAAAGAAAAUGGACCAGAUCCUAUUUCAGAUAAGGAUAUUGUGAGUGAAGCAUGGUUGGCAGGGAAGGUCAAGAGUAAAAGGGUGCCCAUAAAAGCCCUUUUGCUUGAUCAGGCCAAUAUCAGUGGAAUUGGGAACUGGAUGGGUGAUGAAAUUCUGUAUCAUGCCAAGAUACACCCAGAACAGUACAGCAAUACCUUGUCAGAGGAUCAGAUCAGUGAGCUUCACACCUCGCUUCAUUAUGUCUGUUCGACUGCCCUCGAUGUCCUUGCAGAUUCUGAGAAAUUUCCCGAGCACUGGCUUUUCAAGCACAGGUGGGGGAAAGGCAAGAAGAACCAUUCCCCUGUCUUACCUAAUGGGGCCAAGAUCACGUUUGUGACUGUUGGUGGCAGGACAAGCGCAGUGGUCCUAUCGGUUCAGAAAAAGGGUGGAGCUGUGUUGAAAGAUGAGAGCCCAGAUGUCACGCCAGUUCUGAAACGUAAGCGGGCCGUCAAACAAGAGAAUGACUCGGAUUCUGAGGCGAAGUUUGAGACCAAAAUUCGCGGCUCAAAGAGAAAGAUUGCAUCAAAGGUCAAGAAAGAGGCAGAGGACGAGGACGAAAAAGUUGAAGAAAAUAAUGUGGCAACGGAGACCACGGGCAGAAGAAGAUCCACGCGCUUCAGAAAGUAG